AUUACUGUGGCAUGAUACAAGACGCAAGCCUGAAGGUUACAGCAAAUAGGAGGCGCCACUGUCAUAUAUAAAGCUCUGGACACUUACCCGUGUUAUCAGUGUGACUACCAUACUCAACAAAACUAUAACCAUGCGUUUCUUUUCUAUGUUGACGGUGUUGGCUGUGAUGGUGGCCGUCGCCUAUGGUUCUCCAGCACCUGGAAUUAUAUAUGGUGGUCGUAAUAUUGGCUUGGGUGGAAUCGGCCAUGGAAUUGGUUUAGGAGGGAUUGGUGGCGGUUUUGGUGGCUAUGGCGGCGGCUUCGGUGGUUUUAGUGGUGGAUUGGGAGGAUUCGGUGGUGGCUUGGGAGGAUUUGACGGCUCCUUCGGUGGAUAUGGCCGACGAUAUGGUGGAUAUGGCUAUGGAAG